UGAUUCUCAGCAGCGUGCAGCACCUGUCUGCCAGUAUGAGCGAGAGCAAGCUCGAGGAGAGAUCUCAAGGUGUGGAGUCUGUUAAUCUCUGAGAUCCGCAAGUCCUGGAAAGAAAAUGCUUUGUCUGUGUCUGUGAUCGGAUCACCUCCAAUGUUGGAUUUUUGUUGUGAAAAGUGUGUGGAAUCUGCCUGGGCUGCCACACGGCAAAGAACAAUUCAAUUAUUUGAAACUCCCCAACUGGAGGGGACAUAAUAGACAAUGAAAAUGGACAUGGAAGGAGUCGAUAUGACGCUGUGGCCCGAGGCUGAAUUUGAAGCGAAAUGCACCUAUAUUGUGAAGGAUCACUCGUGGGACAGCUCAGAUGGAAGUAAUCUCACCCAGGCACAAGCUUCUUUGCCUAGAAAUCUGCUUUUCAAAUAUGCGUCUGGCUCCAAAGAGGUAAUCGGAGUUGUAAGCCAAGAAUAUAUCCCCAAAGGAACCAGAUUUGGGCCAUUCAUUGGUGAAAUCUUCACAAAUGACACUGUCCCCAAGAACGCUAACAGAAAAUACUUUUGGCGGAUCUACUCUAAUGGGGAAUUUCAUCAUUUCAUUGACGGGUAUAAUGAAGAUAAGAGCAACUGGAUGCGUUACGUGAACCCAGCGCACUCUCUUCAGGAGCAGAACCUGGCUGCCUGCCAGAAUGGCAUGAACAUUUAUUUCUACACAAUUAAGGCUAUUCCAGCCAAUCAUGAGCUGCUGGUGUGGUACUGCCGGGACUUGGCUGACAGACUUCAUUAUCCUUCCUCAGGAGACCUUGUGACGAAUCUCAAGCACAAUCUUAUCAUCACUGAGGAUCAGAUUGCCCAGAAAGAAGUCCAAAAAAGCACACCCAAAAAGGAGCACAGUGUAAAAGAGAUUCUGAAGAACACGACAAACCAAACCAAAUCUAAGGAGUUCCUACUGAACAAUAUUAAUGCUAUCUCUCCUGAAAAAGAUACAAUGGACCUGCACAAAAACUCCAGCCCUGAGAGAUCUUUCUUUCCACGGGUAGUCUAUCCAUUUCCAUCCCACAUUCAUGGAGACUAUUUGAAUGCUUCUAUGGGGUACACCAUGGAGAGACAAAAUUACUUGAUGCAUUCUCCAAUCCAACCAUCCGGCACACCAAGUCCAUCAUCAAGAGGUAGCCCAGACCAAAGCCCCCACAGUAGCCCUUCUUCUUCUGUUUCACCUCAUCACUUGUCACAGGAUCACAGAGAAUUGUACCCGUUCCUGAAUAGACCAUUUAGCACUGAAGGCUUGGGUUCUUUCCAUGGCUAUGCACCCCCAGCCAGUCACCUCCCACAAACAUUUUUGCCACCUUAUAAUUCUCCAUACUCCAAGUUCUUGUUACCACCAUACAGCAUUGGUUGCAAUGGCCUCAACGCAUUAAACAAUAUUAAUGCCAUGAAUAAUUUCAAUCUCUUCCCAAGAAUGUACUCUGUUUACAGCAGUGUCCUUGGGGGUGGAAACCUUCCUCACCACAUGCUGAACCCAACUGCUCUCCCGGGUUCCUUGCCCCAUGAGGGAGGCCAUAGACUACGUCAACCUGAUCAACCAAGAGAUUUUCUUAUUCCUGCACCCAAUAGUGCCUUUUCUAUCACGGGCGCUGCUGCUAGCAUGAAAGACAAACAGAUUAGUCCUCCAAGUGGGUCGCCUACUGCUGGAACAGCAGCAACGUCAGACCAUAUAAUGCAACCAAAACCUACCUCAGCUGUGAUGACCACAAGCAGCGAUGAAGCCAUCAAUCUCAUUAAAAGCAAGAGACAUAUGACUGGCUAUAAGACUCUUCCCUACCCACUGAAAAAGCAGAAUGGCAAGAUCAAAUACGAGUGUAACGUUUGCUCAAAGACAUUUGGACAACUUUCAAAUCUCAAGGUGCAUCUCCGGGUACACAGUGGUGAGCGGCCAUUCAAAUGUCAGACUUGCAGCAAAGGAUUUACACAGCUGGCACAUCUACAGAAGCACUUUUUGGUACAUACGGGGGAGAAGCCUCAUGAAUGUCAGGUAUGUCACAAACGGUUCAGCAGCACAAGUAAUUUAAAGACUCAUCUGCGUCUCCAUUCUGGAGAAAAGCCCUACCAGUGCAAGCUGUGUCCAGCAAAAUUUACUCAGUUUGUCCACCUCAAGCUGCACAAGCGCCUUCACACAAGGGAACGCCCUCACAAAUGCAUCCAUUGCCACAAGAGCUACAUCCACUUGUGCAGCCUCAGCUUCCACAUGAAGGGGAACUGUCCGGUAAUGCCGAGACCAGGCCUGACCAGGGAGGAACUCAAUCGCGUCAAUGAAGAGAUUGAAAAGUUUGAUAUCAGUGACAGUGCAGACAGGUUAGAUGACAUGGAAGACAUAGACAUGCUGCCAGCGGUGGAGAAUGAAAUGAUGUCCCUCAUCAGGCGGGAGAUUGAAGGUGCAAAUAUGAAAGUGUCCAGGAGUACAGGAAAUGGACUUCACACAUCUGGACAUAACUUCUACGAACAGCCAGAAGCUGCUGUUCGAAGCAAUGGCAACUUUGUGUUACCUGUGAAGGUUAAACAAGAAUCCAUGGAUCAAGCGGACUCCUAACUGACAGAAGCAACAAGUGUUAAUUGUAGGAUGCUGGGGGUUCCUGGUGCAUUAUGUUGUUUUAUAUUUAAAAUACUGCACAGUAGCCUUUUGACUUGUGAAAUUGUGUUUUCCCUUAAAUUAACCCUAUCUCCAAGAAGGAACUCCUGUAAUCUCAGGGCAUAGAACAGGGCAGGGAUUUGUGUAUUGCCUACUCACUUAAUAUUAUUAAGACAAUCAUAUAUCCGUAAUUAUUAAAAGUACUUCAUAAUUUAUUAUGCAACGUAUCAUUCUAAAAGCAAUAAUUAGCAAAUGUUUACAAUGAAGGGCGAAAUCAUUGUAAUUUGAAUAUCUAUAUAUACAUAUAUAUAUUUAUGUACAUAAUUUUUUAAGUGGCCAUUCAUGUAGAUAUUUUUGGCAGUUUUUUUUUUUUUUAACUUAAAAAAGUUUGUGUAAAGGCAGGAGGUUUGUUAGGCCCUCCAUACCACUGAACAAGAAAUUGUUGCCAAAGCUGGAGUUUUCUUUUUUGGUUUGUUUUUAAUCCUUGGCAUAUUUACUUAAAUUGAUAUCUUGUGACUCGUUCCCUUCUCCCAUGCAUUGGACAUUCUGAAUGAUCGUAUGCCGGUCUGAGCAAUAAAAACUGGAAUAAUUAGAUUAAUGUGAAUGGGGUAUGGUGCCACAGCAAAAUAUAAUAUGCACGUCUUUGUGAAAACAUCCUAAAAGCAGAGCAACAGUGGGAGAGGAAGGGAAUCGGCUCUGAGAUAUAUAUAUAUAUAUAUAUAUAUAUAUAUAUAUAUAUAUAUAUAUAUAUAUAUAUAUAUAUAUAUAUAUAUAGUGUUCAGGCCCAUCCCUAGGAGACAGGAUUUGUCCAUGGCUUUAGGCCAACUGUCCAGGUAUUUCUGUUACUGUCGUUUUUCCUCCUGUGAGUCAUUUCCUUCAGUAUUUAGUUUAUUUUGUACAUUUUAUUGUUGUGUUUUAAUUUAAAUGAAAAGGGCAUUGCAAAGUCGUUUGACAAUUUACCUCAUUGCUUGUGUCCAGUGGUGCAGAAGCUUUGUGACUUCAAAAGAGAAACCAAAAAAAAAAUGUGCAGCGUGCAGACGGCACGCACGCUUUGCUCACUGACUCCAAAGAUUAUUGCUCCAUUAUAGCAGGCAGACCCCCCCCAAAAAGGCGAUGGUGCCCGUUUGCAGAACGUGUAAGACAUAGUAAUGUCUAAAAUGGAGCAUGCCUUCUGUCAGUGCUAAAAUAUCAUUAAAAGGUACCAAAACAACAACAGCUUUAA